AUGAACUUUCUAAGGACACAAUUAUUCGGAAAUAGCUCACCUCUAUUCAGGCCACAAAUCAGAGCCAUGCAUAUCCAAUCAAUUCCUAUGUGGACGGGGAAGGGAAACAACUAUGCCUACCUUGUGACAGACGAGCCGACCAAGCAGUCCGUUAUUAUUGAUCCGGCCAACCCUCCGGAGGUUGCACCGGAGCUCAAGUCUCAGAUUGCUUCUGGCAAGAUUGACCUGACGGCCAUUGUUAACACUCACCACCACUGGGAUCAUGCUGGUGGUAAUGGUGACAUUUUGAAACAAUUCAAGGGCCUUCAAGUCAUUGGUGGCAAGGACUGCGCGUCUGUCACUAAGACUCCCGCGCAUGGUGAGGAAUUCAAAAUCGGAGACCGUAUCUCAGUGAAGGCAUUGCAUACUCCCUGUCAUACGCAAGACAGCAUCUGCUACUAUAUGCAAGAUGGAGACCAGCGUGUUGUUUUCACAGGCGAUACUCUCUUCAUUGGUGGAUGUGGCCGAUUCUUUGAAGGAAAUGCCAAGGAGAUGCACAAGGCCUUGAACGAGACCCUCGCGGCUUUGCCAGAUGACACCAAGGUUUAUCCUGGCCAUGAGUAUACCAAGGCCAACGUCAAGUUCUGCAUUGCGGUCUCGCAAACAGAGCCUAUUAAGAAGCUCCAGGCAUUUGCGGACCAGAACAAGCAGACACAAGGGAAAUUCACUAUCGGCGACGAGAAGCUCCACAAUGUGUUCAUGCGCGUCAAUGACCCCGAGAUCCAAAAGGUAACCGGCAAGACCGACCCUGUGGAUAAAAAUGGAGGGGCAAGCGACACAGAGGCUCAGCAUCAUCUAGAGGUCGUACUUCUACCCGAUUCCAACCACCGACGCAAAUCCUCCCUUGUCACGAUGGACAAGCCGAGGGUCCAACCUCACCUAACUCAGGAUGAUACGACGACUGCCUGCUACGUCCACAACCUUAUUGCGAGCGAGUGGACCGCACCCCCACAACACCUGAAAGACACAGAAGACACAGAAGAUGAGAUACAGACAUCGAACGAGGACGAGGCUCAACCCGUGACAAAUACGGAAGGUCUCGAGCCAGAGCAACUGGUGGUCGACCGCGAGAACAAACCGAUACCCACAAUCAUCGAAUCCCGCCAUCUUACGAAGAGACAGCUAUCAGAUAUGGCCUGGAAUGUGCGCAAACUAUCCAAGAAGCUGGGCAGCAUCAAGCUCAAGCUCACCGUGAAGACUGUCUUUGUGGUCAGCAAGGCGCAGGACGAGUCACUGGUAAGCCUGACUCGAAAGGUGACGAGGUGGCUACUCUCCAAAGACAGAGACUCACUGUACGUGGUUUAUGUCGAGCGCCGACUCGAGACGCACCCGGACUUCGGUGCGUUGCAGCUGGUACAAGACGAGCCCUCCGCCGAGGGCCGACUCAAGUACUGGGAUCCCAAGCUUGCGCAAGAACAACCGCAUUUGUUUGAUUUUGUGGUUACGCUCGGCGGAGACGGAACCGUUCUAUACACGAGCUGGCUGUUCCAGCGCAUCGUGCCGCCCGUACUUUCCUUUUCGCUGGGCUCAUUGGGCUUCUUGACGAAUUUCGACUUUGCGGAUUACCAGAAGAGCCUCGAUAGUGCUUUCCGGGAUGGCGUUUUCGUCAGCCUACGGCUACGGUUCGAAUGCACCAUCAUGCGCAGCAAAGCGAGAAUAAGAGACCCGCACGCGCGCUCUCUAUCAGGUCGCGACUUGGUUGAGGAAUUGAUCGGGGAGGAAGGGGAGGACACAUUGACACACGCGCCGGACCGAGUAUAUGAGAUUCUCAACGACGUAGUUCUCGACCGGGGGCCAAACCCAACCAUGUCUCAAAUCGAACUCUUCGGGGACGACGAGCAUUUCACCACCCUGCUCGCUGACGGAAUCUGCAUUGCUACCCCAACCGGAUCGACUGCUUACAACCUCGCCGCUGGCGGCUCUCUUUCACAUCCAGAAAACCCCGUCAUCCUUGUUACAGCCAUCUGCGCCCACACGCUGUCCUUCCGACCGAUUAUUCUGCCAGACACCAUUGUCUUGCGCAUGGGUGUGCCGUACGAUGCGCGCACGAGCUCAUGGGCUAGCUUUGAUGGUCGAGAGAGGGUUGAGUUACAUCCCGGUGACUAUGUUACCGUGUCGGCAUCAAGAUAUCCCUUUGCCAAUGUCUUGCCUCCCGGUGGGCAGGGUGAGGGCUGGGUGCACAGCAUUUCCAAAACUUUGAAUUGGAAUUCGCGACAAAAGCAGAAGAGCUUCAAGUAG